UGUCACUUCCGGUUUUCACUUUUUGCAGUCCGACAGCUGUGUUUGGGAGCAUCUUGAUGCUCCUGUGCAAACCCUUUGCACAGUUGAUCUUCGACACGUUUUCAGUCAGUGACAGACUGAUGGAAAUUUUUAGUAAGCAAGACCACCGUUUCCAAAAAAUCGAUGUUUUACAGCUGCGUGGCUGUAAGGAGGAGGAGAGGAGCUCCAGUCUAGAUGAGGAUGAAACCGAGCCUCCACAGAUCAAAGAGGAAGAGGAGGAACUUUGCUGCAGCCAGGAGGAAGAGCAGCAGUUACUGAAGCAGGAGAUCAAAUCUGAAUGUGAGGAAAUAUUAGUAAUCCAGUAUGAAGACCUCUCAGUGAAAAACAUCUGUAAGGAGGAGACUGAUGAUGAGCAGCUUCUCUGGAAGCAGGAGAGGAGCUCCAGUCUGGAUGAAGAGGAUCCAGAGCUUCCACUGAUCAAAGAGGAGGAGGAGGAGGAACAAUUCAUCAAUGAGGAAGGAGAUCAGCUGGAACUGAAGCAGGAAAAUGAUGCUUUUCUGGUCACUGAGGAUGAUCAGGAAAACAUGGACUCCAACCCAGAACCAAGUGAGAACCCAGUUCUGGGAGCAAACUCUCAGAUCAGAAACUUUGGUCACUUUAAGCUUUUUGGCAAAGCAUCCACAUUAGAGAGACACUGUCAAAGGAACACAGAGGAAAACUCAGUGCAGUGUUCCGUUUGUGGAAAAACAACUCAUUCACUUGGGAAACAGUCCCAAAGGAAGCAACUUGAUGUAAUCCACUCUGAUGUGACUCUAGGCCUUUGUGAAGCCUGCAGAAACAGACUGGAUCAAGGUGAUGCUGUGACCGUCCAGCUGGAUGAGAGGUCACAUUCCUGUGAAACAUGUGGGAAGGUUUUCACUCGGCGUGGCAGUUUGAUAACUCACAUGAGAAUACACACAGGUGAGAGGCCUUAUUCGUGUAAAACAUGUGGUAAAAGUUAUAUUCAAAGAGGAGAUUUGACUGUUCACAUGAGAAAGCACACAGGCGAAAAGCCGUUUACCUGUGAAAUGUGCGGAAAGAGUUUCACUCAAUCUUCCAGAUUGGUUGUCCACAUGAGGGGUCACACGGGUGAAAAGCCUUUUAACUGUGAAAUAUGUGGGAAAAGUUUUAAUCGAAGUGGUUCUUUAACUGCCCAUUUGAGAACCCACACCGGCGAGAGGCCCUUCUCCUGUAAAAUGUGUGAAAAAGGUUUUACUCAGAGCAGUAACUUAGCCGCUCACAUGAGAACCCACACUGGUGAGAGGCCCUUUUCCUGUGAUUUAUGUCCAAAGUCCUUUAAGCUGCGCGGUUCUUUGACUGCUCACAUGAGAACUCACACAGACGGGGAGCCAUAGUUUUACAUAGUAAACAUAAUUUACUCAUUUCCAUAUGACGGUGGCUUAACACAUAUCAAUUAUGGAAGCAACCCCAUAAUUGUGAUGUAAAUAAAGUUUUGGUUGAAUGCUUUAUUUAUUAUUUGCAAUACAAAUAUCCUUGACGGCUGACAGGCUAUAUUUUUAAAACCUAAAGAAAGUUUCAAAUAAACUUGAUAUACUUUCUAGAGGGCAGCUUCGACUGUAUGAUGAAAGUAUUAUCGCAUGCAUCUGCAGCUAAAUAUGAAGAAUUUGAAGGAAUUUUUAAUUGUGUUGUACUCUUACUUGUGUUGCAAUUGUCAAAAAUAUUUUUUUAAAACCAAAACAUCAUUGUCAUUUUUAAAGUGGGAUAGCCUUGGUGUUUCAUUUCAAUAAAGUAAAAUAAAACUUUUUAUUCUGGAAAUUGAUACAGAUGCCUGAUUGUAAAUAGUAGCAAAAAUCAACUUUUUUGAGUCAUUUGCAGUUAUUUUUCUUACUCAACCACAUAUUUAUUAGUGUACCCUUUUUUAACAUUAAAAAGGUAAUACUAGUCUUACUUGAAUAUAAUUUUAGGGUGGUUUUAGCUUCUGGUUUUCUGUUCAACUAACCAAAACCUGAAAAACUAUAGUUGAUAAAAAAAUUGGAAUAAAGAUUUAUUCUUUUUACCAGCAGAUGAAGACAUUGAUCAUAACACAUGUCUUCUUUUGAAUAUGAAAUGUAAUUGAUACCCAACUAUAUUGUAAAUACCUGUAUUAAACUCACUUGGGAAUUGUUAUAUAGCAGUUUUUAUCCGAUAUAUUUGCUAUGAUUUAGUUUUUACAUUUUCCAUUUCAAGCCACUAGAGGGCAGUAACGCUUUAAAUAUGAUUUGAAAGUCUGGCAGUGCUGGCGACAACCAGCAUGACUGCCUAUGAAAAUCACAGGCUGUAAUUAAUGUUAACAUUAAAAGUAUCCUUAAACAAAGAUUAGACUGAUGGAAUUAUGCGGAAAUGAAGAAUCUGACUUUCACAGAAAUUGAAUGUAACUUUUAAAGUCUGAUGGCAGGUUCAAGGAGAAUUUAGAGAGUGAGAUUAAACGAUUGAUUGACUAAACUAAUUGUUUAAAUUAUCUGUCAAAAACAGCUGAUAAAGCUGUCCUCUGGUCAAUUUAAAACAAUCGCAUACAUUGAAUUAUUUAAAAAAAUGUGUUUAUUGGUUUUAAGUCAUUUCGAGGUGUGUAAAAAAAUAGAAUAGCCUUUUCCUUUAAGCACGGUUUCUAUGGCGAUGAGGGGGUGGGGGUGAAACAACAUAUUAAAGCAUGAAAUACUGUAUUUGUUACUAAGAAUGUAGAGGUUUGGGGCUAAUAUUGACCCCAAUUCAAUCUUUAAUUUACAAAACCUUUUUACUUUUAGGAGAUAAUUAUUUCUGGUACAUUCACGUCCCAUGCAGCCAAAGUGCUGGAAAGGAUUUUGUUGUCCCACCUGAGGUCUUUGGUGAAACCAUCUCUGGACCCACUUCAGUUUGCCUACCAGCCACGCCUAGGGAUGGAGGAUGCUGUUAUUCACCUGCUGCAACGUGCUCAUUCUCACCUGGAUGGAGGGGGGGGGCACUGUGAGGGUCACAUUCUUUGAUUUCUUCAGUGCGUUCAACACCAUGCAGCCCUGGUUACUGGGUGAGAAGCUGCAGCUAACGUGGUCUCCUGGAUCAUUGACUACUUGUCGGACUUGUCCGGUUGGGCAGUGUCCUGUCUGACAAGGUGACGAGCAGUCUGGGGGCCCCACUGGGCACUGUGCUCUCUCCCUUCCUGUUCACUUUGUACACCAGUGACUUCCAGUAUAACUCAGAGUCAUGCCAUCUUCAGAAAUUCUCUGACGACUCUGUGGUUGUUGGCUGCAUUAAUGGUGGGCGAGAGGAGGAGUACAGGGAACUUGUGGAUAAAUUUGUGAGAUGGUCUGGAGCAAACCACCUACUGCUCAAUGUGGAAAAUACCAGAGAGAUGGUGAUGGACUUCAGGAAGAAACCACCAGCUUCCCAGCCUCUCGACAUCUUGGGCAGAGAUGUCCCAGAGGUAGAAAAGUACAAGUACUUGGGAGUAACCAUCGACAACAGAGUGAGCUGGAAGAACAACAGCACUGCUGUGUAUGAGAAGGCCAGCAGCAGACUCUACUUCCUGAGGAGACUAAGGUCCUUCAACGCGUGCAGGAAGAUGCUUGAGAUUUUCUACCAGUCUGUUGUGGCCAGCACUCUGUUCUUAAUGUGUGAGUGUGUGAAUGUGUGUGUGACUGGGUGAAUGGGUCUGUGACUGUAAAGAGCUCUGUCCUUGUAGGAAGAUAGGCGCUAUAUAAGUAUACGCCAUUUACCAUUCUUUUCGGUGGUCUGCUGGGGGGGGCAGCAUAUCUGCCAGGGACACUAAUAGACUGAACAAAUUGGUUAGAAGAGCUGGCUCCAUAAUCGGAUGUAAAAUAGACACGUUUGAAGCUGUGAUGGAGAGGAGGACUUUAAAUAAGCUCGUAUCCAUCAUGGAUAAUCCGGAGCAUCCUCUCCAUCCUGUACUUGAUGGUCAGCAGAGCUCCUUCUCCCAUAGGCUAAGGCAGUUUCGCUGUCACACCAACCGCUACAGGAGAUCAUUCCUGCCUCACUCCAUUGGAUUCUAUAACUUGUCAUCCAUGUGCAAUAGAUAAACUCAUUUACAGUCUGUCUGUUUUUUGUCCUGAGCUGUCACGCAAUACAUACAUGUUUCUUUCUGAUUGAUUGUUCUGGUCUCUGUUGUCAUCUAUUGUUUGUAUGUUUGUAUCUUGAGCCUAACGCCGACGCUGUACCAACCCAUUUUCCCAAGUUGGGACCAAAUAAAGCAUCUUUAUCUUA